AUGAUCCUGAGAUUGCAUCAUGCUAUUAUAAUCUUAAUAUGUUAUAAGAAUCUUGGAAAUGCGACCAAAAUCGAUUAUGGUUAUGAUACAGCUUAUUUAAAUUAUAUGAUAGGAAUUGAAUUAGAAUCAAAGUUACCAGCCAGCAAUCGAAAAUUUAUUCAUCAUAUUUAUGUGAACCUAGAUGCUCUUAUGCAGUCUAAGGAAGAAUAUGAUAAAGCAUUAGAAUAUUUCUUCAAAGCUUUAGAUUUAAUGGUAGACAGGUUUGGUCAUGAUCAUCCUAAUCUACCAAACAUUUAUAAUAAUAUUGCUACUGUGUAUCAAUGUCAAGGAACAUAUAAUUUAGCUCUUGAUAAUCAUAAUGAAUGCGUACGAAUUCAAAUGAAUUCAUUGCCAGGAAAUCAUCCAAAAAUCGGCUUAACAUUGUAUAAUACUGGUCAUCUUUAUCAUGUGAAGGGAGAUUAUGAAUUAGCAAUUGUUAAUUAUAAAAAAGCAUUAGUACUUCAACUUAUGUGUUUACCACCAGAUCAUACUGAUAUUGCAACUACGUAUAAAAAUCUUGCUAUACUUGAAGUACAUUUUCAAAAUUAUUGUGAAGCCUUAAUUAGUUAG